UACCAAAUUGGAGGAGAAAUAGAUUAAAAAGAUGUCCCAUCUUCCCCCACCCUACUAUAACUAUAAUUAAUGGAUAGACCGUAGUUGGUCUUCUCUGAAUAAUAAACAUAUAGAUAAACUAUUAAACUAAUUGUUUUUUUCAUAUAUAAUGAACCAUAUGAGCGAACCAUAUUUUUAAUGGCGUCUUGUUUUUAAAUUUCCCUAUACUCACCGUCACCCAGUACAUCAUAACAUAUAUUGUGUAUUUAGUGCUGCUGGAAAUGGGAAGCCUCAGCCGUCAUCUAAGACAGUUAUAAACAACCGCAAAGAUAAAAAAGCAACCGACAUUUUCGCCACCAUUUUAAUCUUUCUUUUAGGCCUGACGCCAUGUGGUGUUAGGUUUAACCGAUAAUAAAACUGAACUGCGUUUCUUACUCUGCUAUUAAACAUUCCGCAGCGUAUUAUGAGAUAGUGUGGUUCGUAGAAGGUUUAACUGACAGUUUCAAGUGCGCAUUGGGUAAUUGAUAAAAAUUUGUAAACAAAAUGUUAUAACAGUCGAGAUGAAAAGGCAACAAAUAUGUUGAUCCCUAUGCGCGUUUCCUAUUACUCGAAAUCUCGACAUAUUUCGUAAACCAUUUUAACCUUCUUCGUUUUUUCACGGUGUAAUUGACGCGCCAGUGCUUUGUGUUUGCUCGAACUUUUGGGGUUCGUUCUUGUAGGGAUUGAUUCCGUGGUCACGAUAAACUACGGCGGAGAUAUGAGGAUGGCAGGUCAAGAUAUAGAGAUACAAAGUGCGUUGUGGGUAAUUGAAGAAAUGUGAUGAAAAUUAAAAGCGUUGUAUUAGAAGGAUUAAGCUUGCGGCACAAGGCAUACGCGUUCGUGUUAUUGCUACGUGAGGACAUACAUGUUUUACUGCUGUUUUUUGCAGAUAUAAGAACUAAAACUGGCCUAGAUAACGUUUUCAGUCAAGUAAAUGUGUAAAAUGCGUUUUGGAAUAUGUACGCUGUUUUGUCAAUAUUGGUUCAUAUUGCGUGUCAGCGGGGGACCAAUAGUAAAUACAGAUGCAUCCUGGACGGAGAACAAUACCGGACCAGACAUGGAAACAACUACAAUAGUUACAGACAUACAAACAACUACUAUAACUCAGACACGGGAUACUACUUCGUUAACAUCUUCGAUUAAAAUUGGAAACACAACAAUCGACGUGUCUUGUAAUGUCGUGAAAAAUCAUUUGGAAAAAGUCGCUGACAAAUUACUUGCACUAGAAAAUGAAUUACCGAGGCAUAUCGCGUGUCAGAUAUUCCGUGACUGUCGUCUCGAAGACCAACCAGCAGGGGGGAUUUGCCAAGCUACUGUGGACAGCAUGGGUGUCUGCUUCACGCAAACGAAACCGGGUCGAGUGGCUUACAGCGGCUGCCCUACGAUUUUAAACGGGAUCAAUUACAUAGGUAAUUCAAGCAAGGAAUGUUACAUGAAUGGAACUUGGGCGAUAAAAUCGAACUACGACAGUUGUAUUCAUAGAUUAAGUCAGCAUCAAAACCUAAGCUUUUGUACAUACCAUCAAGCAUCAUCAACAGGUUGGAGUUACGAGAAGGAAAUUUGUAAAUAUCACUUCGUUUCUUGGACUGUGUUGACAAUCGUUGGAAGAAGUAUUUCUUUGUUUGCUCUCUGCAUUGCUUUUGCCUCCUUUUGCAUACUACGACGCCGAAAUUUAAAGAUGAUAAUUCAUUGGAACUUUGUCAUGUCUUUAAUCAUUAGAAACGUCACGUGGUUUCUACUUUUCGGGGUUGGAUUUUCAGGCAAUGUAAAUAUGGUCGGGUGUCGAGUUUUUGCAAUCCUGUUCAACUAUGCUUUGAUCGUCACAUUCAGUUGGAUGAUGGUUGAGGGAAUUAUGAUCCAUAGGAAGUUGGAAAGCCCGUUCAUGUCGAUGGCCGAUAGCUUCUGGGGUCGGUGUGUCUUGUUGGGAUGGGGUGUUCCAAUUCCCAUUAUGAUGUUUUGGGCAAUCUUGAAGGCGAAAUUUGAAAACAAAGACUGUUGGUUAAACCACUCUCCCAAACAAGUUGAUUACAUUUAUCUGGUGCCCAUUGGCAUUGUGUUACUGAUAAAUGGCUUCAUAUUUUGCAACUUCGUAUGUAUCUUGGCAAAGUGUCGUGGGCGCAAAGCAGCUUACAAACAUAGAAACGAAGCAUCAACAAUACGAUCAGUCUCUAAGGCUUUCGUGUUUUACUUCUCUCUUCUGGGAUUGACGUACUUAAUAUUCAUGGUGAAUCCGAGUAACAGUUCAACCGGAGAAAUUAUUUUCAUUUAUACAAAUGUGAUUUUGGAGUCUUUUCAGGGCUUCUUCAUCUGCCUCUUCCAUUGCUUUUGCAACACACAUAUGAGGGAAGCUGUGUUGAGGAGGGUUCAGACACUUAGAGCGCAUGGUAACUUCCCAUGCUUUGGCAUUGGCAUAGGAGACCGAUCUCUAUCGCGGCGAACUUUGUCGCUACGCUUGAGUGGUCAAAACUCAAGCAUGAAUAUGGAUAGUGACGAAAUGAGACAUCCAUUUAAACCGACUGAAGAAGAAAAAGGAAAAACUAAAAAUUUCCUUACAGAGGUGUUAACUAGAACUCAAAGAAAUGAGAAGAUCCAAACAAGUCAAAAUACUUUGCAAAGAGCAAAUUCCGAAUUGCAGGAAACAACAUCAUUUAUCUGCAGUGCGACUGCCAAUUCCAAAAUCAAACUGCAGCAUUGAGUUCACAUUUCAUUUUAUUUAUUUAAUUAACUGCAUCAAAAGUUCACAUGCGUUCAAUAAAGCUGUUUUACCUUU